UCAUCCCGAUCCGUCAGCCCGCGGCGCCGCCGCGGCGGCCGCGCUCCCUCCCCGCCGACAGCCCCGCGGGCUCCCCAUCAGGCGCCUCGGCCCUGCGGGCGGCACCAGGGUCCCUCCGCUCCGCCGGUCUCCGCAUGAGGCCACGAUGCUGCGUUUGGCUGCUUUUGCAGCUGUGCUGCUGUUCUUCAGGGUCACUCUGGAACUGUCCUGGAUCCAGGCCAUCCCUGCUCUCUUCAUCUUCUACCUGGCAUCUGGUGGAUGGGAAUUCUUCCUCAUAUUCCUCAAGACAUUACCAAGGGAUGUCCACACGGGGCUGGUCCUGUUGCGGGUGAAGUGGCAGGUAUGGAGGCACAUGAGGGAGAAGAACACCAUCGCCAAGAUCUUCCAGAAGACGGCAAGGAAGUAUCCAGAGAAGACAGCGCUGAUCUUCCAAGGCACAGGCGAGAGCUGGACCUUCCGUCAGCUGGACGAGUACUCCAGCCAGGUGGCCAAUUUCUUCUAUGGCCAAGGCUUCCGCUCGGGGGACGUGGUGGCACUUUUCAUGGAGUCCCGCAACCAGUACGUGGGGCUGUGGCUCGGGCUGGCCAAGAUCGGGGUGGAGACGGCCCUGGUGAAUUCCCACCUGCGCUUGGAUGCCUUGCUGCACUGCAUCACCAUCUCCAGCUCCAAAGCUGUGGUUUUUGGGGUGGAGAUGAUGGAAGCAAUGCAGGAAGUGCAGCCCUCCCUGGAUAAAUCCAUCCAUCUCUUCUGGUCCGGGGAUGAAAAUCCUAAAUCCGUGCUUCCUGGUGCAAAACACCUGGACCCCCUCCUGCAGAUGGCCCCGCGACACCAGCCAACUCCCCCUGCUAAGGGCUUUCUUGAUAAACUCUUCUAUAUCUACACCUCUGGCACGACGGGGAUGCCCAAGGCUGCCAUUGUGGUGAACUGCCGGUACUUCCGCAUGUCCAGCUUGGUUUUUUACGGUUUUCGGAUGAGGUCCGAUGAUGUGAUGUACGACUGCCUCCCGCUCUACCACGCUGCAGGGAACAUCGUGGGGAUUGGGCAGUGCCUGCUGCAGGGCAUGACGGUUGUCAUCCGCAAGAAGUUCUCAGCCUCACACUUUUGGGAGGACUGUGUGAAAUACAACUGCACGAUCGUGCAGUACAUUGGGGAGAUCUGCCGCUACCUGCUGAACCAGCCGUACCAGGACACGGAGCGGCAGCACCGCGUGCGCAUGGCCGUGGGCAAUGGGCUGCGGGCCUCCAUCUGGAGGGAGUUCAUGGCCCGCUUUGGCAUCCCCCAGGUGGCCGAGUUCUACGGGGCCACCGAGUGCAACUGCAGCGUGGGAAACUUUGACGGCAACGUUGGGUCAUGCGGCUUCAACAGCAGGAUCCUGCCAAAUGUGCACCCCAUUGGUUUGGUGAAGGUGGAUGAAGACACUAUGGAGCUGAUCCGGGGACCGGAUGGUGUCUGUAUCAGCUGCAAACCUGGGGAGCCGGGGCAGCUGGUGGGUCGCAUUAUCAGGAGCAAUCCCCUGCAGCACUUCGAUGGCUACCUGAAUCAGUCAGCCACCAACAAGAAAAUUGCCAGGGACGUGUUUGCAAAAGGGGACGCUGCCUAUCUCACAGGGGAUGUCCUGGUGAUGGAUAAAUAUGGCUACUUGUACUUCCGAGACCGCACCGGGGACACCUUCCGAUGGAAGGGGGAGAACGUCUCCACCACGGAGGUGGAGGGAACGCUGAGCCGCAUCCUCAACCUGACGGACGUGGUGGUGUAUGGUGUGGAGGUCCCAGGGAUUGAAGGGAGGGCAGGAAUGGCAGCCAUUGCUGACCCAGAGAACUCCUGUGACCUAGAAGACUUUUCCAGCAAGCUGAAAAAGGCUCUGCCACUGUAUGCACGUCCCGUGUUCCUGCGGUUCCUGCACGAAGUCUCCAAGACAAGCACUUACAAGUUCCAGAAGAUGGAGCUGCGGAAGCAGGGCUUUGACCCUGCGCUGGUGAAGGACAGGUUGUAUUUUCUGGACUCCAGGCAAGGCUGUUACCUGCCACUGGACCAGGCAGCGUUCAGCAGAAUCCAGUCGGGAGACCAGAAGCUGUAACUGGUGGGGCUCGAGCCAGGCACCUCCCAAAUCCUGCUGGGGAGAGGGGGCAAGGCAGGCACUGGGGAAGGAAAGGUUCACAGAAUGAUAUAAAAGGCACGCUAGAGAUUUUAUUUGACAAGUUUUACAGAUAAGGGUUUGGGAGGAACACAGAGGGGAUUGAGGGGAGGGGGAUGGUCACAUACCAAAGCAUUGACUCAUUAUGGCUUUAUUUUCUGCUUCAUACAGUGGUGGUGGUCCCAUGCCAUGGGAGGGGCAGGGCCCUGGCCAGUUUAGGAGGGGUGGGGUGCCCCUGCCAUUCCACUUUGCUUUUCCUGUCUUUCCCUACCUUUUCCUGCCUGCAGCAACCCUUCCUUGUGAAGGCCAUGAGGGCACCAGUGCUGGGCUCUUCCCAACUUCUCUACCAAGCAGCCAGCUUCUCCUUGGCACAGGGACCCAGUUGGCAGAGGGAAGGUGGGUGCCAGGCACAGCCCCUUCCCUCUGCUUGGCCUUGCUGGUGUUGUGUGUCUGCUGUGAAUCAGGGGAGCAGGGUAGUGUUGGGCUCAGGAGGGGGACAGAAGUGUGUUUCUGCCAUGCCAUCUCUCUCCUGGGGAAUGACAUUUCUCUAAUUACACGCACAUUAUAUUAUAUUAUAUCUAUAUAUAUAUAUGUGUGUGUGUGUGUAUAUACAUAUAUAUAUAUAUAAUACACGCUGACUUUUUUUUUUUUAAUCUUAAUUUAUUGUCCGUACUUUUGAAUGUGUCUCGGGUUUGUGCAGUAGGUGGAGGGAUAGCCCCAGACCUGUCCUCUCUUGGAGAAUCCUUUUCUCUCACAGGGAGGUGGGAUGCUCAUCUGGGACUGAUUCUCCUCUUCCAGCAUGGUUGCAAAUGUAAAUGUCCUUGUGGCCUUGCUCCAUGGUGGAGGACAUGAGCAAAUCCCACUAUCUUGCGGACACUUCUCUGGGUCUUUUACUUGCAUCUUUUGUGGAUGCAGCAUUGUUUUGUGGACCUUCUUCCUUGCAGAAAGCAAGUGGGAGAGUGGGAAGAAGGGCCAAGUUUGCCUUUGCUUAGAUGUACUCAGGAGGUAACUUGCCAGGGGAGAGAACAUCCUCUGGAGGGUAGCCUCUGUGAGAGCCUGAUUUCCUGUGCUCUGCAUCCCUUCCCAAAAGAGCCCUCCCUGUCUCCAGCACCAGAGCAGGGCCCUGAACUGAAAUGUCUGUGUAAAACAUCUGACUAGUGCUAUGUGAAUUCCCCAUGUUAUGUCUGAUAUGAAACAGCCUCAGCUGCGCUGUUCAAUUCCAGUUCUCAGAAAACAAGCAGAAAUUUCUCUUCCAGAGAAAACUCUGGGUUGGGUUGAUUUUUGGGGUUUUUUUCCCUUUGUUUUAUUUUUGGUUGGUUUUUUUUUUUUUCUAAUAAUUUGUUUUUAUGCUUUUAGCAGGGUUACUUCUUAAAACGACAUCUGUCUUUUGUGAGGGCAGGGUGUGUCUGCUCUUCUAGCUGUGCUUCCACACCAACCUACCUGCCUGCCUCAGUCUGUCCUGGUCUCACAAUUAAACACAAGUAUGGGUCUAUGCUGCUGUUUCCUACCUCUUCCUUGUACAGUCCUGCUUUGUGAGGGAAGGUGGGGGACUUUGCUGGUUUGGGAACUGCCACUCCAGAGCAUCACCUCCCCUGUGUGCAUUUUGGCUCAUCUUAGAGCAGGGGGAACAAGCCCCUUGCUGCUGGGUUUAAUGACUGUGUGAAGACAACAUGUUGAUCAGACCCUCCCCAGUUUCCUCCACUAACUCUCCACACCCUGUUUUUCCUUGUUCUGUCCUCAGCAUUGCCGUCCCAGUUUGUUCUGGCCCAGUUUUCCCUGUUUACCCUUGGACAUGUGGCUCUUCCACCCCUCUCCUGUUCUCUAUUUCCUCUUCCUGCUGCUUCUCUCUGUGUUUGUCCAUGCUGAACUUCCCAGCUCAUUUCUGCCCUUGCAGACAAGUUUUAUGGUAGCCAUUCCACUUCCCUUGCUGCCAGAACCAUCUUUUACACCUUCUGCAUCCAACCCUGGUGAUAGCAGAACUUGGCUCCUUCUUGGUAUGGGGCUGGCAGGGACAAAUGUCUUCCAUGAGCCUGAGUGAAAUGCUUUGCCUGGUGAGCCACACCAUAAGAAGAGUGUUGGAAAUUUGCAUCCUUUAUAUAUCAACUUCACCUUUGGACAUUUUCAAAUGGGUGUCUUCUCCAGCAUCUCUAAGCUGAAAGCUUUGAUUUUAGUUUUUCAGUCCCCUGGACACUCAAGCCUCUGUCCCAAAGCAGCCAGUGGAAAACAGACACCAUCCCCACAGCCCUGCAGCAUCCGGGGGGCUCAGCCCUCAAACAGCGGCUUUGCCACGAAAUUUACCAAGGAAAUUAUGCAUUCAGGGAUCAUAUUUAGGGGCAGGGGAGCUGGUGCAGGGAGUGCAGCACUCUGCAGGUGCUCUGCUCCCACCUGCGGGCCCUGUUCCGCUCGCAGCCACCAGAGGAGGGCAGGCUGGGCUCGGCAAACGCCUCCCCUCGGGGGGACACGCUCCCGGGGCUGUCACAGCCCUCGUGUGCUGCUCAGGCCCCUGCAAGCGCGGGAUGUUGGAGUGGGAGGGUACCACGCAGGGUGGGUGCCUAAGUUUUGGAUACAGAUGAUGGGGCUGGGUGUGAGGCCGGUGGCAGUCCCAGGCACUGGUGUGCACUGUGCUCAGGCUCCUGGCUGGAGACUCUGCCUGAUGGAGACUUGGGCAGCAGCCAGGUCACUGAGCUGUGCCAGGGGGGUGGUGGGCAGCGACCUGAACCACCGGGCCUCAUCCAGCCUUCUGCUAAAGGCAGCGAGGAAAAGCUUGGCCUCCCUGAAGUCAGACCUGGGGGUGGUCAUCUGGAGAUGGGUGGUUUGGAGUGGUAGAGGAGGAUACAGGGGGACUGUACUCCCUCCCUGCAGGAGAUGGCUGUGCUGAAGAAAAAGGGGUUGCAGGGCAAAACUCAGCACUGUGUUUCUGUCUGUCUGAGAGCAGGGUAGGUUAAAAAAGCCUACCAAGCAAAUUAUGCAUUCAGGGCACUGCCUGUUAAAUGCAGAUGGGAAUAGCUUUGGAAGCUUAUGGAAAUAUGGCUGUUACUUGUCUGCUAGUGAGCCCAUACAAAUGGAGACUGGCUAGAGUGUCUGGGUUUUGGAGAUGGAUGGGAAUUAUAGGCCUGUGAGAGGAGCAGGAUUUAGCCCUUGCUGGUGCCAACACAGGUCAGGAGCUGGGCUCUGUCUGGGGCAUAGCUGGGAGCUCACCCCGAGUCCUUUAUAUUGAGCUGGCUGUGAGGAGGGGGAGCUGCACAAUUCAGGCAAGAGGAGCAGGAUGAGGCCCCCCCAAGGUGAGAGCUCCUGCUCUUGGGAGAUGGGAGGUGCUGGGUCACUGGGAAAGAGCUGAGAAGACAUCACAGAGGGCUCUGGUACACAGCUGGGGGGCUGGGGCGUGCCUGUGCCACACACACCUCUGUGCCAGAGCAUUUCCCAGGGAGAGGGGAGCCCCAGGGAGGUGUGUUCACAUCCAAGUUAUGCUCAAAGGAGCCCCCUUGUGCAGCAAGGCUGGUGUGGGGGGUUGGUUCCCUCUGGAGAUCUGGUGCCCAGGGACCAUUCACCAUUAGCGUUGUUUGUCCUGACUGAGGAGCGUUGUAUGCACUUGGCAGUACUUCAGGAUUCCCUGAAACACCCAGCUACACCAACUAGAGGUUUUCCACUGGCUAUCAGCUUUGAGUUGAAAUCCUGGGGCCUUUCUAAAGUCCCAGUUCCUCUGGAAAAAUGAAGUUGAUGUGCAAGUGUCCCUGAAGCUCUUGGCCCAGAAAUAGAAGUGCAGAUGUGGUGCUGAGCCUGGGAUCAAUGCUGAGACACAACACUUCCAGCAGAGAGGUAUUUGGAAUGAAGUAGCCAGGGUUUAAUCAUAGUCUGAUUUUUUAAAAUAUCUUUUUAUUUGUGCAGUUUUAAGGAGGAGGCUAAUUGAAUCCUCUAUGAAUAGAGACACCUUGUGAGACAUCCCUCCUCUUUGAUCAAUGCACUAGUCUGGCUCAACAGCUGCAUGUAGAUAAAAGUCCUAUACAUAAAGUACGAGGUAUUGUUCUGUUUUAAUUAAAACACUUAAAAUUCUGUUUGCAUGAGGUUAAGAAAACAUUAAAAUCCUUUCCAGGGUUAUUAUCAAACUGCUAAUUUAAGCAAAGCCAAAGAGCUUUACAAACCAAAUGUGCUCUUCCCCAUGGAGAUGACUGCUUCUCCCAGACCCUGUGUCCUGGACAGCGACAAUAUAUCAAGACAAAAAAUGUGGCAACUUUUUUUCUGGUCUGCUUUAGGUCCAGCCCAGUCAAGCCAUGCUUAGUGUGAAAAACUGGAAUGUAUUUUAGCCUUUAUGCAGAUGGGAGCUUUGCAAGUUGCUCAGAAUCUUUCUGGGUGAAAUUAUUUUCUGCUGCUGAGAAAGUCUGACAGUCUUCAACACUGCAUCUCUCCACCUCCUCCUGCCACUCUUGGUGUGCCAGAGCCUUCCCAAACAAUGACAGCUGCCUGCUCCUCUGCACUAUGGGGAGCUGGCUUUGCCUUUAAGCAGUGACAGAGAAAUAUUCUGGACUAAAAAAUAGACUAUCCUUUGGUGUACUCUUUAGAAAUGGAAAUACUUGAUUCCCCUGAGUGGUUCCAGUGUAACCAGGAGCAGAGAGCCAGGAGUGGCUUCUCCUUCUCCAGUUUGAAGGGACUGUGUUGCCAGGGAUUCCACCAAAAUGAUGGUCUGUGAAUGUCUCAUCAUGCUGGGUGAGAGGGAAGGGACAGCAGCUUUCCUUCCCAAAGCAGAGAGGCUUCAGAAGGGAAGAGAAUAUCCUUAGUGCUGUUUGCUGCUGAGCUCCUGGACAGCACAGGAUGGCUGGACUGUGCAGCUGAGUGAGGCUCAGAGAGCAGGGAUGGGUCCUGCUUUGCUUUUUUUGAGCCUGGCCCAUUUCAGUGGCAAAUCCCACCUUCCAAAGUAACCUUGGGUUUGAUCUGCUUUUCUCUUAGCUCAUUAAAAAUCCACACCUAGGCAUAAAAUCAUGACAGGCCAGGCUCUGGGAGAGCUUUGGGCAGUUGAGAUCAUGCAGUACAGGCUGGCAACCCCAGGAAUUGCAGGCGAUGGUGAUGCUAUCCAAGUCCAGAACGUAUUCCUGCUCAGGAUGUGGGUCAUUGCCCAGAUCUUCCCCGAUCCCUUGUCAGAUGAUCCCAGGCUUGUCAAGUGGGAUAUGGCCCCUACUGUGCCGCAUCCCCCUCCUUGUUACAGCCCUGCCUUCCUCUACUCUCAUCCCUGAGGGUGCGGAGCAGCCUCCCGGGGCCCCCAGCAUCCCAGGCAGGAUUUGUGGCCUGAUCCUGCCCUGGAGGUGACACCUCCCACGACCUGCCCGGGGCCCGGCACACCCGCAGCGCUGUGCCAAGGGGCCCGAGGAAGUGAGGGCAGGCAGAGCCUUCCUCCUGCCCCCGGCCAUGCGAGUGGCCGCCGGCUCGGCCGCAGGAAGAGGCUAACAGCGGCGGGCGAGCCACCCCCUCAGCUUUGAGUAUCACUUUCAGCUAUUCUGAAGGUUAAACGCCUGUUUAGAGCUCCCUAUUGAAGGUAGAGCCGGGGGUGCGGCAUUGUUGGGACGCCCUCCCGCUUUGUCUGGCCGCUUUCAGGGAUGCCCUGAAUGGGAAGCGGCCCCCCCAGCCCAGCACCCCGGCAGAAGGGCUCCCGGGGGAGAGGCGCUUCCUCCCGCCCUAAUGACAUUCAGGCCUCCAUCGGUUCAGCUCCCGCUUUCUUUCUGCUGCAGUUUAACCCGGGCACAGAGGCCGGGCUCCAUCUUACUGAUCUCUGCUUGACACCCAAUUACCACAUGAAUGGGAGAGAAAGGCUGCAAAAGGCUUUAACUCCCACUGACCCUCCUUCCCCUCUGCCUGCUUCCCUCUCUCCCCGUCCUACCCCCUCGCCUUUCUCCGGCGGAGGGAGUUCAAAACUGAGACGGGGAAAUCAAACAAAGCCCCGAGUAAGGAAACCCAUUGUCACCGCCUCCGCGAUGGCUCCCCUUUCGCCAGCUAUUGUUCCCCUUGAAGUUUGACUUGCUGUGUGGAAGGAUGUGAGCAGCUGUUUGUGCAUUCCCCUGAUGUUUUAUUGAAAAAUAAUUGAAUCGUCAGUUCGGGGCUCUCUGAUAAAAUGUUUCCUCGUAACGCUAGGCCCUGCUGUAUUUAUAAACUUCGCAUCCCUCUAGAAUGUGAUGGCGACCUAACACGUUUCCUCCAGGAUAAACCCUCAGUGGAGGAAUGGAGGUGUGUUCCUUCUGCGCUGAAGGAGAGAGAGGAAGCGUGCAAAUGGCAGGGAAAAGGACAGAGGAUGGGAACGAGACAAAAGAAAUUAACCCUCUCUUCAUUGCCAGGCUCGAUUUCCAACCUGUUCCCUUUGCAGUUGGCUUUGUGGGAGGGGAAUGGGAGCAGCCUCCUGCCCCAGUAGCCCGGGGUUUAUGUACCUGUUUAUCAAACACCGUCUGUAUUUACAGCACUCCAAUAAUGGCAGCAUUACAUUUUCUUGA